UGAGAGUUGUAGAUGCGGCAGCCUGGUUUGCAUAAACUGCAGCCGUCGCAAAGAGGUUCUCCACAGUGCGCAAGCGCAGUUGAUCAGGCGCAAACAGACCACACUAGCCCCAGCAGCAGCAGCAGCAGCGAUGGCAGACGAAAAGCCCAAGGAAGGAGUGAAGACUGAGAACAACGAGCACAUCAACCUGAAGGUGGCGGGGCAGGAUGGCUCAGUGGUGCAGUUCAAGAUUAAAAGGCACACUCCUCUCAGCAAACUGAUGAAAGCCUAUUGUGAGCGGCAGGGACUGUCUAUGAGACAAAUACGAUUUCGAUUUGAUGGACAGCCCAUCAAUGAAACAGACACACCUUCCCAGCUAGAAAUGGAGGAUGAAGAUACGAUUGAUGUGUUCCAACAGCAGACUGGAGGUUUUCCCCUUUAGACUGUUUCCUCUCAACAUCCCACCUCCCUUUUUGUCCCUGACCAUCUUUGUUAUACUAAGUCUUCAGAUGUUCAUCACCAGUGUUGAUACCAUCCAGUGGAGUGUUUGUACAAAAUGCUGACAGGCAGCAAGAAAAAAAUUCAUGACUAGACUUUUAUCACAAUGACUGAUAUGUCUGAAUUGUGCAGUGUAGACAACUCGUAGGCUGCAGUGAGUCUAAUGUGCUGAUAAUAUUAAAAGCUUGACAUAAGUUUUUUUUUUUUUUUUUUGACCAACUCACAAGAGCUGGGAAGAAUUCCACGGUUUUUGUUUUUAUACUUAUGUCACUGGAGAUUUGACUCAUUUUGUCAUUAAGUACUCCCUUGUUUUAAAUUCACUGUCUGUUGUUGUUAUGAGAAUGUAUUGUUGGAAAUAAAUAAGUUUUGUUUUCUUUUUUUUUAAAUUGCGUUUUGGGAUUUUCUGCUGGAUAUUUACUCUCUUUAAGUUGCUUAGAUUCCGUUUCAUUAUUGUAAUAAAACUGUUAAAACUUUAACAGCAAGAGAAGCUUUCCGUCCAGUGAUGAGUAACCUGACAAACUAUUUAUUUUCCUUUUUAAUACUGAACCUUUUUUAAGAGGUGCUCUCUGAUGGCAGUGACUGUCUUCAUUUAUUCUAGUCUGAAGCAAAAUGUAUAUUAAAUCUAUUUCAUGCCA